AUGGAGUGUCGAUGUGGAGCGCACUUCUGCUACAUGUGUAUGGGCGAGCCGGAAGACUGUGGCGGAGCGUGUAAUGAAUAUGGGGAAGACGACGGCAGUGACGGCAACAUCACGGAGUCUGAUGAGGGCGAGUCUCCAUCUGGCACGAACGAUGCAUUGGCGCUAUCCAACGAGACAUCUCAAGCGCAAGCGACCGUUGGCGCAGCAGCGAUAUCGACGCCACAGCCAGCGCCUCCCCGUAAUCUUGAUGCUGGAGGGCCUCGUUACUGGGAGGAUCAAGAUCUAGACUUUGGUGAAGAGCCAGGGGAAGACUACCAGGACCGUUCAUGGAACUGUGACCACAGCUUCGAAACCUACAGAAUUCCCCUCGCAAAAGCUCUAGUCAACGAUUCCGCGGCUGAGAUGGAGUGUGUAAAAUGCUGGUGCUCGAUACAUCCAGAGAUCGAAGCACCGAACACCGCAGUCGAUGAGAUGAAGGCAAAGACCGUACCCGCAGGUAUAGUACGAAGAGCCGGUCGAGGGUUCAGAAGGGGUAACGGACCAGGGCGAGGGCGCGGUCGUCCACGCGGCGCAUACGCACCUCCUCGCGGUCUCUUCCAAGCUGGUGAUGCCAUUGGAACAGCGCCCCAUCUUACUACUUCCGUCGCCUCGCCGCUAUCUGAAAGCGUGCCCAUUCGCGAAACCUCGCCCAUGGAGGAUGUCCAGUACUCUUCCGGCCGCGUGGUAGAUACCUACGGCAACAUCAUCGCGACAUCAGAGAUCGAGCUUCGACGUCGAGCAUCCGAUGCAUCUUUCGUCACUGAUGCCGUUCCUCCACAGGCGAAUGGAAAGGCUCAGACUAAGGCUACUUUCAAUGCCCCAUCGACCAUCUUCUCCAUGAAGUUCAGUCUCGCCCAUGAGUGCGUUAAUUGCGCCUUACUCGUGUGCGCAUCGUGCAAAGACGGUAUCUUGGCUGCUGAAGAGGGGAAGUGA